AUGUCAGAGAGAAGACAUUCUGGCCCAAAGGCCCCGACUGGUCUCAAUGAUGAGACGGCCGAAGAGGUCCACGACAUCAUGCACCAGGCCGAAGUGGAAGAGCAAAAGAUGCACGGAAAAGAUGCGCUGUGUCAGGAUGAUGUUGGACCAAGUGAGGAGGGAGAACAAAAAAAGAAGUCGGCGAUGGGCAAGGUUAAAGAGGCGCUGAAUCUGGGCAAAUAA